AUGUCAAACAAGUCGAGUGUUGAUCUUGACAUGUCUCUAUACCUUUCUUGUGUAGCCGUAUACGUUAAUUUUCACAUAAAAAGAUUAAUUAGAAAUUAUUAAUUAUCGAGAAGAAUUUGUUCUCCUUCGACAUUUACAAGUGGAUUUCAAUACGGUUAUUAUUGUUAAUCGUAAUUAUCAUCCCUCAUUGAAUAUAUAUAAAAGUUAUUAUCAGAGAUAACUCGGAAAUAUGUAACUUUAAAAAAAUAAUACUUUGAUAUUUCUAUUGAGAAAGAAGAUUAUAAAAAUAUUUUUAUUUAUGUAAAACAAGAGAUGUGUAUGAAAUAAUGAUUUCAUAUAUUUUCUUUGGUUAUUUGCAACAAGGUUUUUUAAAAACAAAGGAUUUAUUUAUUUUAUAAUUAUGUCUCAAAAGAUUAUAUCAUAGCAAAGUAAACAUGGUACGAGUUAUAACAGUACAUAAUUUUUUGGGACAGAAUGUUACCCAAAUUGAAGAACCAACUGCAACAUGUGUUGCAAAUACUAAUGGACGAGAAAUGUUAUUGCUAGCUCUUUCGACACAUUGUGUUGAAGUAUGGGAGUUAAUGCCAUCUGAUAUAAAAUUGCAUACAAUAUUUCCAACUGUUGAUAUGAUUAAUCAAAUAUUACAUUGUUCUAAAGGAGAUUAUGUUGUGACAUUAGAAUCAAAAUAUUCUAGGGACAAUAUAAGUAAUAACCAUGGGAACAAAGUUACUAAUAAUUUUGUAAGAAUAUAUGUAAAUUGGGCGGUAGUAAAAGAUCAAAGUCAGCCGAUGCGAGCUAGAAUUGCAGGUCGUGUAACUCCAAGUUUAAAUCGACCAUUAAAUAGUUUGGAAAUGAUAGAAUUGCCUUUAAGCGUGCAACCAACAUUAAUAGCUUGUUGUCAAAGUACUGGAAAUUUAUUAAUUGCUUCAGGAAAUACUGCUAUACUUCACGAAUAUAAAGUUGAAACACAACAAUUAUCUAAAUUAAAAUUUAUAGAUUUUGAAGCAAGGCCUUGGUCUUUAGGAUUCUCAUUUUCACCUAUGCAUAUGGAAAUAGCGGAAGAUUUUAUAAUUAUUAUGAAUAGUACUAAUUUAUGUGUUUUUCGAUUAACCAAUUCUAUGUAUGAAGAUAUAGAUCAACUUAGCUCGUUAACAUCUACAAAUGAAUCAUCAAUUGACAAAACUUCAAUAUCUAAUGACUCAUCACUUGUUGAUAAUAAUCAUACAUCUAGUAAUCAGGACCAAGAAACAAUUGCUCAAGCAACAAAUCUAAAGCAUAAAAUUUCAGAACAGAAUCUUAUGCUAGAAAAUAAUGAUGCAUCAAGUACGAAGAGUAAAAACAAAAAGAACAUGACGUCAAAGAUAAAUGCAUGGUGCAAAUCAGAAACAACAGAUAUCAAGAAAAUAAAAUCAAAAAAAAAUAAUGAAGUUAUCGACUGGGAUCAUUUGAUAUAUAAUGAAAAAGAAGAAUUACAAAGGUUAGUUGCUCAAGAAAUUAUCGAUACAAAUUCACAGCCAUUGACUAUAAAUUUUCCAUCUAUAAGUUUGGAAAGAAUUGGUCCUGGACAUACUCUUAGUCCUUUCACUUUAAAUCCACCGGAUAUGAAAGUUUUUAUCAAAACUAAUUCACCUGAUUCUGGCUGGUCUGAAAAUUAUACUGUAAAAAAUCUACUAUCUCUCAGAAUUGCUAUUGCUAAUAAUAAAUCAGAAGUAGAUAGAAGCAUGGAAUAUUUUAAAUGUUCAAUGUUAAAACCAUUAUAUAUGAGAAAAGAAUGUAAUGGAUCUUGCAUAAAGAAAUCAAUUUUAAGAUCUGACAAAUACAAAUACUUACAAGGUAUAAGUUGCUUUGUAUGUACUAUACAAGAAGGAUAUCUUUAUCAUUUUUCAGCAACAAGUGCAAAUCCUUUAGAUGCGACUUGUUUAACGACUUAUCCAUUUACUGCACCCAUUAAUCACAUUGCACUUGAGCAUACAGUACUUCAUGCAUUGACUGACGUUGGUUUAGAAUCUUAUACAUUACGCUUAUCACAUUAUGUGGCAAAAAUGUUAAAUGAUAUUGAUCAGUAUAAAGUAACCUGUCCAAGUAUCUCAGAACCUGUAUGUCUGAUAGGAUUGAGACCAUUUUUGGGUAUACAAAAGCUAUUACACACAAAAAGUUAUUUAGUUUUAUUAGCUAAAGCUGACAAUUCUUGGACAUUAUAUUCAUUAAUUUUACCUAAGCUGGAGACUGUAUAUUAUGACAUUCUAAAUGCUGCAAGAAGCCAUAAAUCAUCAAGUCCAAGUACAUAUAGACAUUUAUUGGGUGAGGCUCAUGCUUUAAUACGCUUAGCUAAAGAUAGUUCUUAUUAUGGUUUUGAUAAUGAUGACGAUGAUGCAACACAUAGAAAUUGGUUGAAAUUAAAAAAUUUGUACAAUCAAUCUUGUGCAUUAUUGGGAGAUUAUUAUAUACGUUCAGAGUAUGAAUCAGAUUGGGAACUAUGCAUACCUUAUUACAAAAUGUCAGGUUUAAAACCUUCUGAAGUGUUAUCGAGAAAGUCAACUCAGGAUGCACCAGGUCUUAUAACAUUUUUAACUGACAUACUGAUGAUAAUGAGAUGUGGCACUGAAGCUGAUACUCUGUUUCAAGGACACAAUAUUAUAGAAAUCAUCUGUAGAUUAAAAAAACAAGAAUUAUUGAAAUUAAUUUUUGGAAGUGUGGUAUUGAGAGAUUACGUGACAGAUAAGUUAAUAAAUUUACUAUUAUCAUAUGAGAUAUGUGAUCCAAUUCGUCUUGCAUUAGCUUUGCUAUAUGUACAAAAUCAAAAACAAGAUCAUGCUGAAGAAAUUCUAGAACAUGUUUCUGUACAAUGUAUUAAAAAAAUGAUUUUGGAACAUUGGGAUUUAUUAUUUGAGAUGACAGCAGUGAAAAAAAGAAGUACACUAGUCCCUACAUUUUCAGAUUUUGCCGGAAUGUUGUUACAUAAGAAGACCAUUGCAUUUGCUGAGAUACUUAUACAAAUAAUAGAAGAAGAUAACAAUGGUUUAUCUUUACAUCAAAUCUUACAAGCCUUUUUAGAAUAUUUACCAUCUCGUGUUGGAAGAGAUGGUCACAAUGCUGCAGCAGCCUUACAAAUUUUUAUAGAAAAAUAUUUCCAUAAUUAUUUCAACAUUAAAUCGAUGAUCGAUCUAUCUGGCAUAAAUAAAAAUAAAAUAUGUUCUGAUUUUGCUAUGGUAGAAGCAUUUAAAUUAUUAGUACGUUCAUACUUGGGUAAACUGACACAAACAAAAAUGUACAAUAUUGAAAACAAAGAAUAUAAAGACAAUAUUGACAGAGAUUUUAUAUUUGCAAAAUGCAGGCCACAAUACUUAAAUAAAAUGCCUCCAUAUGCGAAGGAUUAUCAAGCAAUUUUAACUACAAAUGAUUUCAAAGAUUUCAUAAAUAUGACUGCAACAUCUGAUACAGGGAAAUCCAUUCAUCCUGAAUUGUUCAAAUUACAAUGUGUGCUAUCAUAUGAAUUUAUACCGCUUGAAUGUUUACAAGAAGUAAAACAAUUUCUUGAAUCUCAAAAUAUUGAUGGCAGUUUGUCACUUAAAACUUUAUAUAUACAAGAUACUGAAGAAGUAACAUUAAUUUUAAUGGAUAAUUGUCCUCAAGCAAUUUUACAAUACGCAAAGGAUAAAUAUAUGAAAGAAGUAGAGUGGAAAUAUCUUAUCGAGUUAUUACAGAGUAGAAUUUCUACAUAUACUGAACAAACAGAAUUACAUUGUUUAUAUAGUGAAAUUAUGAAGGAAACUUUACAUCAUUUACCACACGUUUUACCUUUGAAAAGUCUACAUCAUAUUUUACCAAAAGAUAAUGCAAUGGCUUUUCAAAAAUGUACUGAAAUGUGUACUCAGAUUAUGCAUGCAGAUCAUGUGAAAUCAUUAAUAAUAGAAACUAGCCAACAAUUAUUAUCAACUUUAAAGUUGUAAAAUCAUCUUAGGUAAUUUUACUUAUAAAUCACAUAUAGAGAAAUAAAUAAAUUUGAGGAAGUAUAUAACAAUUAUUAAAGGAAUUAGAAAGUUAUAUAUGAUAUUACAUAAUAUAAUAAAGUACACUUUUAAAUAUUUCAAAGAAAGGAAUAGAAAUCAAAUAUAUCCGAUUCAAAAAAAAGUCUUAUAAUAUGUAUGUAUUACAUACUGCUAUAAAAAAAAUAUAUAUAUAUAUUUUUUAUCCAUAUAGUUUUGCCUUUAUAUUUAGUUUGGUAAUAAUUUUUUUUAUUUUGUCAAUUGUCAAAUUCGAAUUAUUUGUUUGUUUCUGUAAGAUUUUACUAUCGUAAUGUUAAAACAAUUUACUGUGAUAUUAAUUUUAAUAAAUUGUUAUCUUAUAUUAAUUGGACUUUAUUAGUAUAUAAAAUUAAUUAAUAUAAUAUUAUUUCAAUUUCGAACAAAUGUACUUUCCAACAACAGCAUCUUAUUUUUCAUCAAAUAUUUGAAAAUUAUAUUUAUAGCAAACGUGUUGAGCAUAUUCUUUGAUUUAUGGAAUGUUAUAAAUUAAUUGAAAGGAAUUAAAAGAAAAAAGAAAAAAAAAGAAAAAUAUAUAAAUGAAAAAUUAUGAUAUAAUCAGCUGUUGCAAUGUUCUAUAUAGAGAGAUCUAUUGUAGUUUACAUUUAAAUAUAUACUGUUCUGAAGCAAAUAGGAUAAACGAAUUCUUAUUCUCAAAAAUCGUGUAUUUAAUUAGAAAAUUUUAUAAAAUGAAAUCUCUUACAUUGAGUGUGCUUGUGAUUUUUAUAUACUUCAUUUCUAAAAAUUAUAUUAAAAAUUAUAUUUAUCUAUGUGUAAUAAAAUAGUAUAGACUAUAUACUAUAAUAUUCAGAUAAUACAAGCUUUUUGCAUAUUUUACAUUGUUAAAGUAAAACUGAGUUAUGUUUUACUAUUUCUGUAAAUUUUUUUAUUGAAUAAUUCUUAACUUUUCCAUCUGUAUAUGAUAGUAAAUGAUCAUUAAUAACUAUUUAUGAAUGUGUAAGAUAACUAUGUAUAUACAUAGAUUUGCAAUUGUAAUUUUACUGUUGACAUAUAUCAAGAACAUUUAGUUUUUUUUUUUUAUAAAUAAAUAAAUAAAUAUUCGACCCUCUUAUAAACAAACAUCGUUAAAAAAUAAUUUAUUUCGUGAGUAAAUGAAUGGAUAUUUUGAAAUGAAAACGAUAGAUUUCUUUUAAUUAAAAGCACGAUUCGAUUGAUAUUUAAUAUGAGUAUAACAUUAAAUAGUACAUUUCGUUUAAUUUAUACUAUAACUAUUGAAUUUUAUUAAUAACUUGUAUUAUAGAAUUUUGAUAUCCUAUUUGCUAUAGGGAAAUAACAUAUAUUAUAGAAGUAGUAAACUUCAUUAAAAUAAUUAUUUUUUAUUAAAUUUAUUGAUUCUAUAGAACUUAGUGUUCCACAAUUAAUAUCUGUAUUAUAAAAUAUGUAACUCUUUUUGAUGUGCCUUUAGGAAUAAUUUUUCUUUAUUAUAGAUCCAAUAUAAUUGCGUUAGAGUUCUGA